AUGGAUGCAGAUUCAUCAAAUGUGGUUAAUUCUGCAAUUGGUGCCGAACUUUUCUAUCUAUUCGGCCGGGAAAAUCCGGAUAUUGCUCUUCUUCGAUGGUUACGUGCCCGCAAAUGGAAUGUGUCAUAUGCCGUUCAAUUUAUGGUGGACACACUUAAAUGGCGCCAUGAAUGGGGCUUUCGAAGUUUAAUGGAAAAAGGUGAAAUCGAUUUGAUCAAAGAGAAAUGUGCUUCUGGCAAGAUCUGA